AUGGAACACGCUGAAGAUGCUAGUUUUAUAAAUGAAAAUAAUCCUUCAAUGGCUAGUGAAACUGAUUCUGUUGUAACGACACAAUCUUCACAUAAUGUAUCAAAUAAUGCAUCAAAUAAUGCAUCAAGUAAUACAUCAAAUAAUGGAGGACGGCCACUAACAGAUAUUUGGGAUGAAGGAAGAGCUCAUGAUAUGGAAACUCACCUUGCAAUUAAGUGUAAAGGGAAAGUGCCAAGGGAGAUUCGAAUUAAAGUACUUAGAGAUCUUCAGAGUGUAGACGAAUCUGGAUCGUCUAAAUCUACUGCUUUAAAAAAAAGAAAAUCCUAUCCAUCAUCAUUGUCUAUGGAUACCUAUUAUAAUACAAUUGAAGCUAUCGAUAAGGCUAAAGAAGCAAGGGCCAACCAAUCACUGGUUAGAUGGGUUGUGAGUUCGGGCAUUUCAUUUUCAGCCUUUGAUAAUCCGUACUUCGAAGAUUUCACAAAAAUAUUAAACUCUGAAUAUAAUUCACCUAGGCGUAAUAUAUUAGCAUUGUCGGUUUUAGAUGCAGAAGCAGCAAAUAUUAUUUUAAAAAUAGAAAAGGAACUAUCUAAAGCUAAAAAUCUUACUUUAUGUAUAGAUAGUUGGUGUAGCCCAUUAAAACAUAGUAUAUAUGCUUUUGUUAUUAUGACAAAUGAAAGGAAGCAGUACGUUUAUUCUUUACGAGAUUUUUCAAAGUUUUCCCAUACGGCAAAUUUUAAUGCUGAAAAAAUGAUAGAGAUAUUAGAAAAAGUUGGUCCAGAAAAAUUUAUCGCAAUAACCACCGAUGCUGAAUCAGCAAUGAUGGCAGCCAAACGACAAGUUAUAGAAAAAUAUCCAAACAUUUUACCUAUAAGAUGCAUUGCGCAUCACAUCCAACUUAUCUCUAGCAGUAUUUGUAAAUUACCAUUAGUAAAAAAGAUCCUAUCAAAUUGUCAAAGUAUUGUAAGUUUUUUUAAGAAUUCUUACUGUGCUGGUGCCGCUCUUAGAGAAGAAAUUAUAUUCUCCUCUACUGUUGGUGGAAAUCUAAAAUCAAUGACUAAAACUCGGUGGUCAACAGCAUGGGAUUCUUGUAAGUCUAUAUUACGCAAUGAAGCAAAUAUUAGAUCA